CCCUCACAGGGGCCCCAGUCCUCCCGAGGGCGGGAGGGCGCCAGGCUUCGAGGCCCUCACAGCGCCGUGCACACUGCGUGGGGGUCUGACCUGGCCCCCGGGGGAGGGGCGGUUUGAAAGCAGGGCCCUGAGCCGGCGCAACAGGAAGGAAACACUACCACACCAGCCCUGAGCUCUGUAUAGCUUCCUUUUCAUCAGUAGCAAUCUACAAAGUGAAGAGGGGAGGAAAGGGGAGGAAAAAAAAAACCGCCCAGACUCCCAGCAUCCCUCUGCAAACAGCAUGGCUGCCCCCAGGAGCUCCUGGGGAUUUCUCUGUCCUAGUUAAGUUUGUUACCCAAAACGUAGAAGGGUAGCUGCAAAUUGCCACAGCACGCUCUGGAAUACUGAAUUUUUGGCUGGUGUUUCAGGCCCUAACUAUCCUGGUUGCUUGUGCUGACGCUCAUGCCAUGGAUGCAUCAGUGGAUACAUGGAGCUACUUCUACACUCAUCUGAUGUCGAUAUGGCUAAACAGGUUUUACAUCUACUCUUGUGCAGCUUUUGGCAUCGGUAUUUGGAUCUGCUUUCAGUUCAUUGCCACCAAAGCCAAAAAGCAGGAUGAAAAAUCCACCGAGAAGCUAACUCCAUCUAAAGUAACACAAGAUGUGCUAAUAAAUGGAUAUACAAAGCCAAAGACGAAGGAGGUUUAUGUUACUGGGGUGAAGGUUUUCUAUGGCUCUCAGACUGGCACUGCUAAGGGAUUUGCAACAAUUCUUGCUGAAGCUAUUCUCUCCCUUAAUUUGCCUGCAGAAAUCAUUAACAUGAGAGACUAUGAUCCAGAUGAUUGUCUAGCUGAAGAGGCAACCAGUAAAAAUAUUUGUGUGUUUCUGGUUGCUACCUACACUGAUGGACAGCCAACUGAAAAUGCAGCGUGGUUCUGCAAAUGGUUAGAAGAGGCUGUGAAUGACUUUAGGUUUGGCAAAACCUAUCUGAAAGGCAUGAGAUACGCUGUGUUUGGCUUGGGAAAUUCAGAAUAUGUGGACCACUACAACACGGUUGGAAAAAACAUUGACAAAUGGCUGUGGAUGCUCAGUGCUAGUCGUGUCAUGACUCGUGCGGAGGGGGACUGUAAUGUAGCCAAAAGCAAGCGCGGCAGCAUCGAGGCUGACUUCUAUGCUUGGAAGGCCAGGUUCCUCGCUAGGCUCCAGGCACUUUGCAAAGGGGAGAAGAAGCCCUGUAGCGGAAACUGUAAGAAAGGCAAGUGCAAAUCCAAAGGGAAGCAGAGCAAGGAAGGAUCGGAUCAUGAGCAAAGGGUGUCAGAGCAGGAGAACACUGAGGUGGAGGAUUUAUUUGAAACCACCAGUGAGGAGGAGUCGGGCGCUGAGGAAGAGGGAAGCCGUAACUCUGUCAUUGAUGUUGAAGAUCUGGGCAAAAUUAUGGGUCACAUGAAGAAAGCCAAGAAAGAAUAUGAACUUGAGGAAGAAGCUGGCAGGACAGGUCCAUCUCAGCAGAGCAGUGGGAAAAAUGAGGAGAGUGAAAGGAGGGAGAUGAUCACUCCAGGUCUUAGAGAUGCACUUACGAAACAAGGAUACAAAUUGAUUGGAAGCCAUUCCGGUGUGAAGCUUUGUCGGUGGACAAAGUCGAUGCUGCGAGGUAGAGGAGGCUGCUACAAACACACCUUUUAUGGCAUUGAAAGUCACCGCUGCAUGGAGACCACACCGAGCCUGGCUUGUGCAAACAAAUGUGUGUUUUGCUGGAGGCAUCAUACAAAUCCAGUGGGCACAGAGUGGCGGUGGAAAAUGGACCAACCUGAAAUGAUCUUGCGGGAGGCUAUUGAAAACCACCAGAGCUUGAUCAAGCAAUUUAAAGGUGUGCCAGGAGUGAGAGGUGAUCGCUUUGAAGAAGGGAUGGUGGUGAAACACUGUGCACUGUCUCUGGUGGGAGAGCCAAUUAUGUACCCAGAAAUCAACACAUUCUUAAAACUGCUGCACCGGCACAACAUCUCCAGCUUCCUGGUUACAAAUGCACAGUUCCCUGUGGAGAUUAGGAACCUUGAGCCAGUAACGCAGCUGUAUGUCAGCGUGGAUGCCAGCACCAAAGAAAGCCUGAAGAAAAUUGACCGUCCCCUCUUCAAGGAUUUCUGGCAAAGGUUUCUAGACAGUUUAAAGGCCUUGGCUGAAAAGCAACAGCGCACAGUGUAUAGACUGACACUGGUGAAAGCUUGGAACGUGGAUGAACUCAAAGCCUAUGCUGAGCUGGUGUCCCUUGGUAAACCAGACUUCAUCGAAGUUAAGGGUGUGACGUACUGCGGUGAAAGCUCGGCCAGCAACUUAACCAUGGCCAAUGUCCCCUGGCACGAAGAGGUGGUGCAUUUCGUCCGGGAGUUGGCUGACCUGAUUCCAGACUAUGACAUUGCGUGUGAACAUGAACACUCAAACUGCCUCCUGAUAGCUCACAAAAAGUUCAAGAUCGAUGGAGAAUGGUGCACGUGGAUCGAUUAUGAUCGUUUUCAGGAGCUGGUCCAGGAGUAUGAAAAUAGCAGGGGAUCAAAGACCUUCACCGCAGCAGAUUACGUAGCCAAAACACCACACUGGGCAGUGUUUGGCUCCAGAGAGAGGGGCUUUGAUCCUUUGGACACUAGAUUUCAACGAAAGAACAAAAUAAAGGACAUCUCGGGGUGUUGAUAUCACUCACCUGAUUGACAGAUAGAGCUGUUGUUUGGUUUUUCUUCCUUAUAUAGCAUAACUUGGAUACAGAAUAUUUGCACAUAGCCCUGACCCUUGACAGCAACAAAAAGGCAAAAGCCCUUUGUAAUCUCUUCCCUUCUGUUCCUUCUAGCGCCGCGAUUUAAAAUAUUAGACACUUUUAAAUCUAGUACAAAUGAUCCAUAUAAGUAAUUUGCUAUAAUUGGCAUGGUGCCACAUACAUUUUAUUCUGUGUUUAGACUUUGCAAUUAGAGAGUAACUGUGGCCCACACAAUUUAGUGUUACAGCUUUUAUUUUGUUGCUCAACUUUUUGGAGUGGAGAGAGCUGGCGCCUGCUUGCUUCCUGUUUCAACAUUUAAAUAUUCUGUUUCAAUAACAAUGCUAGGGAGAGUCGAAUUUUUCAGUGUAACUAUCCCCCUAGUUUGGUUGUCUGAGUGCAUGAAACCUAGGAGCUCUGGUUUUAAAAGCCUGAUCCAUACCAGGAGCAUCACGCCAUUGGCAGCACCUAAGAUUUAUGAACCUGUAUGUCAAACACAAACACUCAUUGCUAUAAAAAAACAAAUUAAUCUAGAGCCCGAUCCAGCAAGGUGGAAAGUAUCCACUGAAGUUAUAGAACACCUCUAACUAUGCUGGUAGCGUGAAGCCUUUAAAACAUGCCCCAGUGUCUUCCAACUUCAUGGAUUCUUAUAUUUAAUAUUUUCUAAAUAGUCGUGCCUCCAAACAAAAUGUGUUCAGUUUUGUAUGAACUCUUUUGGGCCAAAUUGUGCUCACCAGAUUUGUGCACACUGUCCUAUUGAUUUCAGUGUGAGUUUUGAGUGAGGUAGACUAUCAGUAUUUGAUCAUUUGAGUAAGCCGGCAGUGAAUUUUAAUUUGAAUCCCUGACCAGUAGGAAAACCUAAAUACAUCAGGCCUUAAUAUCUAAAGAAUCAUUUCUGCCUUUGAACGGAAAGACUGGAACGAUCAACAAUAUUUUGAAACGACUAGGAAUAAGGCACCAACAGAAUCUCUUGAACCAAAUCAUUACUUGCAUUUUUGGCAGGGUGAUAGUGGCUAAUCUUUGAGCCUAAGUGUCAGUGUGUUUGAUCAAAAUUGUCAGUUGUGGAUGACUUCCUUGCACCUGCAUAAAUAUACAGUAACAACAAUGAAUUUGUCCGAGUUAUAAGUGUAAAACUGGUGUAAGUAAAGUCUGAAUCAGGUUUGGGAUUUUUGUUCCAAGAAAACUAUUGUCUUUUAUCACAGAAAAGUAAAGGUCACACUGAUGUGAAUGUUAUAAAUGUAUCUGUUGGAGAGACUGGACCACAGAUGGCUUUUUGUGAUAUUCUGAGAUAUUAAAGUAACUGCUACUGGGCAUUUACAUUUAAAUAAAGAUGGGUUUUGUUUACCAUUGAGGAAAUAAUUGCUUUUGUAUCCCAACAAUCUGCACCAUUCUGUUUAUGAAAUAUGCUUGAGUCUGCUGCAUGAAAACCUCAUGCAAUAUCAAUACGUCUGCUCAUGUACAAGUUAAAUAAGCCUCAAUGUGAAAAUAUCUAAGGCCAGAUUCUCAGCUGGUGUAAAUUGGAAGAGCGUUGAAGUAUUGAUGCUGUGUUGACUUGGACCAGCUGAGGAUCGUGGGUUUAUUUAUAAUCUCCAUCUAUAUGGAGCUUAGACUCCUGUUGCAUAUGGCUACUAUAGAAUGGAGUUGUAUUUGAAUAUUUUCCACUUACAGCAAACUCAAAGGAGUAUAAUUUGCCUGUGCAGGUUAAACAAUACAAUUUCAGGCAUAUUAUGGCGAUGUGUUAAAGAGAGCUAUGCUUACUGCCAUGUUUUUAAGAUAUAUGCAUCUUUUAGAUGUGUUCUCUCAGGGUUCCCAGAGAAUGCCAUCAUGUAUCCUGACUGAAACCUAACUACCUAACCUGGCUGUUUUAUGAAGGUUGUUGCUAUUUUUUAAUUUCUUUGUAACAGUAGCUGGUAUUUUCAAAAUUAGUAAUAUCCCUGCCUUACAGCUUGGACAUGUCGGUAUUCGUGGGACUGUACUUUUUUUAAAGUGCAAUUCUUAAACUGUAAAAAGUGAUUCAGAAAAGGCAGGAAAUAAAGUACUUGACUUUUCAACGCAA